GGCUCAUGUUCCCUGAAUGUGAAUAUGUCUUAUGGUACUAUAAGUGAAACCCAAAACCUCUUUCGGAAUUGGCAUCCUUAUAAUAGCCACAGGCACCAUAUUUCUGAAAAAGCAGCGAAUCUGGCCAGUAAAUUACUUACUUUUUUCUCAGACACGACACUUGCUAAAUCACCAC